UAAUGUUUGCUAAUCUUCCAGGAAAAGUAGCUUUGAUUACUGGUUCAACAAGUGGCAUAGGUUUGUCUGUUGCAAAGAAAUUGGCAUCUUAAGGUGUUCAUAUAGGACUCAAUGGAUUUGCAAAACCAGAAGAAGUUACUGCAAUCAGAAAAGAAAUAGAAAGCUAAUUUAAAGUAAAGACCUUUUAUCAUGGUGCUGAUUUGAAAGAAGGAACUUAAGUAUUUUAUAUAAAAUAUAGUAUAGGUUAAAAGUAUGGUCUAAGAAACUAGUAAAGCUUUAGGAAGUGUUGAUAUCUUAGUAAAUAAUGCUGGAAUACAAUAUAUUGAAACAGCAGUUAACUUCCCAGAAUAGAAAUUCAAUGACAUUAUUGCUAUAAAUCUCACUGCUGCAUUUCUUACAACUAAAUAUGCAUUACCAUAAAUGCUUGAUAAAAAUUGGGGUCGUAUUAUCAAUAUAGCUAGUGUUCAUGGUAAUAAACAUCAUUUAUUAAAUAGGUUUGGUUGCUUCUGUAAACAAAUGUGCAUAUGUAGCUGCAAAACAUGGAAUUGUUGGAUUAACAAAAGCAACAGCUCUUGAAGUUGCAAAAACAGGAGUUACUAUUAAUGCAGUUUGUCCUGGAUGGGUAAUGACCAAAUUGAUAGAGACAUAAAUCUAAUAAAGAGCUGAUUAAUAUAAGAUAUCAUUUGAAGAAGCAUAAAUUAAAUUAUUAGAAGAAAAGUAACCAUCUGUAACACCAGUAUCAACUGAUUAAUUAGGAGAUUUGAUUACAUUCUUAUGUUCAAAUUCAGCUUCAUAAAUCAAAGGAUCUGCCUAUACAAUGGAUGGAGGAUGGACAGCAUAAUGAU